CCUAUGCAUUUAAUAAUUAUUUGCUGACAUCAUUUGUCCUGUGGGUUAUUAUUAUGAUCCCAGGUCUGCAUCUUGUCAUUGUCCAUGGGAAACACGUCCACAACUAGGGCCUGGAACGGCUCGUCGGUGACCAUGUUCAUCCUCCUGGGGUUUGCAGACCAUCCACAACUGCAGGCCCUCCUCUUUGUGACCUUCCUGGGCAUCUACCUGGUGACCCUGGCCUGGAACCUGGCCCUCAUCUUUCUGAUCAGAGGUGACACCCGUCUACACACGCCGAUGUACUUCUUCCUCGGCAACCUGUCCUUCGUUGACAUCUGCUACUCUUCCGCAGUGGCUCCCAAGAUGCUCUCCGACUUCUUCCGGGAACGGAAGAGCAUUUCCUUCUUGGGCUGCGCCGUUCAGUUCUUCGUCUUCGUGGGCGCAGGUCUAACCGAGUGCUUCCUGCUGACGGCGAUGGCGUACGAUCGCUACGCGGCCGUCUCCAGCCCCCUGCUCUACUCCGCCGUCAUGUCCCAGGGCCUUUGUACACGCUUGGUGGUUGGAGCCUAUGUCAGCGGCUUCCUGAGCUGCCUGGUCCAGUCCAGUUCCAUAUUUCGGCUCCGUUUCUGCGGACCCAACCUCAUCGACCAUUUCUUCUGUGACCUCCCACCAGUCCUGGCACUUUCUUGCUCCGACACCUUCUCCAGUCAAGUGGUGAAUUUCCUCGUGGUGGCCGUUGUUGGGGGAACGUCGUUCCUCAUCCUUCUUGUCUCCUACGGUCACAUAGCGGCUACCGUCCUGAAGAUCCGCUCGGUGGAAGGUCGCAGGAAAGCCUUCCACACGUGCACCUCGCAUCUGAUGGUGGUGAGUCUGUUGUUUGGGACGGCCCUUUCCAUGUACCUGCGGCCCAGCUCCAGCUACUCGUUUGGCAGAGACAAGGUGGUAUCUGUGUUCUACUCACUGGUGAUCCCCGUGCUGAACCCACUCAUUUACAGUUUGAGGAACAAAGAAAUCAAGGAUGCCCUGUGGAAGAUACUGGGGAAGAAGAAAGUGUUUUCCUAGGUCAUGACUGAAGACAUAUGUCUCCAAACUGCCAGAGACCUAAAUGGUUCAUGAUAGCCUCUACCUGUGUCUUUAGGUAAGUGACAUGUUGGUGUGCAUCUUUAAAAUGGAAGCACUCCUUCCAUAUUUUCUCACCUUUCCACUUGGUCAUCUGUCUACUGACCCCACCAUGGAUCGUCGAAAGGACAACCUAUGGUAUAGCACAGGGAACUCU